AUGCUCAGAAUUUCGCAAUACAUACGAAUACUGUUACUUAUAUUUAUCGGUUCUACAAUUUUCUGUGCAAUUUUCGUUACUUUUUCGAACUUCCUGAGCGAAAAAAUCGACAAGGAUGCGCUUUCAAAACCAGCACAGGAAGAUUUGGCAAUAUCCGUAACAAAAUGGAAUUUUAUAAGAAGUCAGAUUGGUAAGAUGUCUUUACUUGGAAGAUGGCUCUUGUCUUCUGAGGGAAGUUCAACACCACCAAUAAUAAAUAAGAAAAGAGGAUCGUAUUUGAUUUUAGUUUGGAAACACGGAAAGUUCUUGGAACGCAGGCACAUUAAACGUUUUACAAAUAAAAAAUUUUCACCUUGGGAAAAUUGUACAGCAAAAAGGUGUAUAGUAAGUUACCGAUCGAAAGAUUUAGAUGUAGCAGAUGCGGUUGUGUUUCAUUUGCAUUUGACGCAGAGCGCGACAGAAUUACCAACUAGAACCAAAUGGAACCAGAAAUGGAUCUUUUUAACCGACGAAUCACCAAUGCACACUUUUCUUUAUGGAAAUCAAGAACUAUGGAAAUAUAAUGGAUUAUUUAAUUGGUCAAUGACUUACCGAAUGGACAGUGAUGUGCCGGUACCUUACGGCCGAACAAUUUCUAGAUCGUUUGAAUAUUCACAGAAUAAAAAUUUUUCGAAAGAUUUUAUUAAAAAAUUAAAAACUAAACUAGUCACUGUAAUGGGUAGUAAUUGUGCGGGUACGAACAGGCGGUGGCACUAUGUUAGCGAAUUAAAAUUGAUUCUUGGCAAUGAUCUUGAUAUAUAUGGAAAAUGUCUGAAUGGUAAUACGACUGCGUGCCCAGGUCAUUUUGAUGAAGAUUGUUCCACUUUAAAUACAUACAAAUUCUACCUAGCUUUCGAAAAUUCAAACUGUGAAGAAUACAUAACAGAGAAAGUAUUUUGGCAUGGUUAUCAUAAAUUAGCGAUUCCGGUGAUAAUGGGUGCCCCAAAGAAAAAUUGCGAACAAUUAUUGCCUCCUCGUUCAUUUCUUCACGUUAAUGAUUUUGCUAAUCCGACAGCUUUAGCAAAUUACAUUCAUUAUCUUAAUCAGCAUGAUGACAAAUAUUUUGAAUACCACGAAUGGCGUAAAUAUUAUAAAGUAAUUAAUGAACAUGGUUAUUUCGGCAGUAUUUCGAAGCAUUACUGUCGUAUUUGCGAGGCUCUUCAUUAUAAUUUUCCUGUUAUUAAAGCGUAUGAGGAUAUAGAAUCAUUUUGGAACAAAAAACGAGAUUGUACCCUCUAA